CUGAACUGAAGUCCUGAUCUCAAGAUGUCUGUUUUACUGUUGGAGGAGCUUUUACAAAGCAGUUUAAAACAAAAGGUCUGAAGUGUGUGUGCCAGCUGUGCGCCAACCACACCUGUGAGACGACUGCAGACGGCGCCUGCUGGAACUCUGUGAUGUUAAUUGACGGGAAGGAGGAGACGGUCAAGUCCUGCCUGUCGCCCUCUGAGAUGAAGGGCCAGGUCUUUUGCUACAGCUCCCGAAAUGUCUCCAAAAGGAACUGCUGCUUCACUGACUUCUGCAACAAUGAAACUCUGCACCUACACCCAGAGAGGCCUUCGGAAGAACCUGGCUGGAGCAGGCUGCAGCUCGCUGUGGUGAUCCUUGUGCCCUCCUGCCUGUUGUGUGUGGGGAUCCUGCUGGGUGUGUUCGUUGUUCAGGGCCACCGCUGUGCCUACAGCAGAGCCCACAAGCAGGACCCAGAGGAGCCUCUAGAUGACCAAAUGCUCAUGUCACCUGACAAAUGUCUCAAAGAUCUGAUCUAUGACAUGAGCACCUCGGGCUCUGGAUCAGGUCUGCCACUGCUGGUCCAGCGGACUAUAGCUCGGACCAUAGUGCUGCAGGAGACCAUUGGGAAGGGUCGAUAUGGGGAGGUGUGGCGGGGAAAGUGGCGAGGAGAGGAUGUGGCGGUGAAGAUCUUUUCCUCCAGGGACGAGAGGUCGUGGUUUCGUGAAGCAGAGAUUUAUCAGACAAUCAUGCUCAGACAUGAGAACAUCUUGGGCUUCAUUGCUGCUGACAACAAAGAUAAUGGCUCGUGGACCCAGCUCUGGUUGGUGUCAGAGUACCAUGAGCAUGGCUCCCUGUAUGACUACCUGAACAGGUACACACUCUCUGUGGAAGGCAUGAUCGUCCUUGCUUUGUCCAUAGCCAGUGGCCUGGCGCAUCUCCACAUGGAAAUCAUUGGAACACAGGGGAAACCUGCCAUUGCCCACAGAGACCUAAAGUCUAAGAAUGUCCUGGUGAAGAAGAACGGCACAGCAGUCAUUGCAGAUUUGGGCUUGGCUGUGAAACACGACUCCAGCAACAACACCAUUGACAUACCAUCCAACCACAAAGUGGGAACCAAGAGGUACAUGGCCCCUGAAAUCCUGGAUGAGACAAUCAAUAUGAACAGCUUUGAGUCAUUCAAGCGGGCAGAUAUCUACUCACUAGGCCUGGUGUUUUGGGAACUGGCCCGAAGAUGCUCUGUUAGGGGACUUAAUGAAGAUUUCCAGCUGCCUUAUUAUGACCUGGUGCCUUCUGAUCCGACCAUUGAGGACAUGAGGAAGGUGGUGUGUGAGCAGAAACUCAGACCCAACAUUCCCAACCAGUGGCAGAGCUGUGAGGUUCUGCGUGUGAUGGGCAAAUUGAUGAGAGAGUGCUGGUACGCCAACCCUGCUGCUCGACUCACUGCUCUGCGGGUCAAGAAAACUGUGUCUCAGCUUUCUGUCAUCAAGGAUGUCAAAGAUUAGUUAGAUUUGUUGCCCUGCAGAUCAGCGCUGGUGCUGGCACUGGUGCAGCACAAUGGAGUGAGAGUUGGUGGACGCAAACAGGGAGAAACUGUUUGCUCUAACUGCCUGAGGCUGCCCUCUUCAGGACACAACCACCCUCUUCACCCUCAGAGAGCAGAUUCAGGUUGUUUGUGGUGCCAAAGUAUUGUAGGGGGUGUCUGUGGGUGCUUUGCACAUAGACACCUAAUAAACCAAUUUGAACCAAACAGCUGAACUGUUGGUAGAAAGAGCCAUAUGAAAUAAGAAUAUGUAUCAUGUUUAUAUUCUGCUACCUCAGCCAUUUAAGUGCCCAAAGCUUGAAGUUGCACAUUGUGAUGUUUUUGUGCCAUAUCUUGUAACAAACAGAGCAUUGCUGGGUAGGUAGUGUGCUAACUGACAAUCACAAAGGAUACUAGAUAAGACACCCUAAGUAGUUCUGACUGGUUUUAAACAACACAUGUACAGACUAUCCCUAAGGAUCUAAACUUUAAAGAGCUUUUGUAUCGUUACAACAAUACUAUUGUAGAUAAAUGGCUUGUUGAAAGCUCAGUGGAAAGAUUUCUAUACACUUCACGGGACUACAACUGUGCAUUUCCAAGUGGAUCCUCUAGUGAAAUAUGUCCGAGUGGGCUUAUAGUGUGAUUCAGUUCUGACCAUUGAUCACUGUAGCUCCAUGGGCUACAAUUACAGUCGGUCUAUUACAAAAACCUCGACAAGUACUGAAUGGAUAACAUUGACAUUUAGCACAGGCAUUCAUGGUCCCCAGAUGAUGAACCCUAAUAAUUCUGAUGAUCCCCUGACUUUAACAAUAAUAAUAAUUACAAUAAUAAUAAUAACUUUAUUUGUAUAGCACUUUUAGGUAACAACGUGUUUUAACGCAAUCAAUGCAAAACAUAGACAAGUUGAACAAAAAUCAGUUUCACACAGAAUGGUGUACAACAAAGAGUAUAUAAAACACAGAACAAGACAAUUAAGGGAAAAAUAAAUUACACAUCACAUAGUGAUUUAUAAUAAAUAAAUCAAACAUAAACAAGUCAAUAUACAAAGAGUGAAAAAAAUACGCAUCACACUUUGAAAGCUUUUUUGUAUGAAUAUAACUAAGUACAACUGAGGCUGAAAAGACUAAGAGUUAAGUUAUGUCUUGGGCUAUCCUGAAUUCAUCACAGUAAACCGUGUUGAAUUAUUUAAAAACUGGAUCGUUCGUCUUGCAUUGCUCUCCGGCCAAACUUUAAAUAUUUAGACUGACUAGUGGUAAGAAUUACAAAGUGCCCUUUCCAUAUUUAAACAGCCUCAUGGGAUCAGUGGCUAUAGACUUGUUUGUCUUGUCCUUUAUGUAAAGAGUACAGCUAUAAACUCCUGCUAUCAAUUUUGCACAUUUAAAGCUUUCAGUUGUUAAAAAAAAGAGCUGCGCUCUUGACAGAGUGAGUGCUAGUUUGUUCACACAAACAAGAGCUCAUCCAUGAAUGUGAAAAGUUAUGUUUUAUAUUUCUGUAUAUAUUUAUUCACACUGGAACUUUGCAAUUGAAUGAAAUGAUUUGCCGUGCUUACAGUCCUGCGACAGCCACAGAUACCGGAUUUUAUUCGUGUUUGUGUCAAAGCUUUUGAUUUAUUGAUGGCUGUUUGGAUGUAAAGAGAAUUUCAACAAAUAUAACAAAAAUGCUUCUGAACGGAUUGCCUAAAAGGUCUUGAUAAAACAACAAUAUACAAUGAAAAACAAAGAAGAAAAUGAGAAAACACAGAACACACAAAAAGGAUGAAGUAAAGUAUAGCGUGUUGAUUGUGUACAUUGUCACUGGUAACUGUAGUAAAUCAAUUUAAGACAUUUCACUUGGAGAGCACAGUUGGGUGAUGGGUGCACAUAUAAUCACACAGGCAAAUCUGAACAUCAUGUGUGCUUGUAUGCCCUCACAUAUGUGCAGGCGUGCCUAUGUGUGUUUCAUAUCAUGUGAAGUGAUCCUGUAUUUACGGAUGUGAAUCUGAUUAAUCAUUGUAAUGUUUGUGAAACUGGUGCUGUGGAAAAAAAACAACCUUUCCAUGUUUCCCAUCCAUCAUGGCUUUUAAUUCUUGUUGAGCUCUACAUCCUCAGUCAAUGUUCAUGUUUUAGUUGGUAGUGCGAGUUACACACUUCUAUGUAGCUGCUUAGUAUCAGCGUUGACACAUAAAAGUGUUCUCCUGUUAUGAAGGUUUCACGAUUAUUGGAUGAUGUAGCAUCAGCUGUACAAUAGCUGCUGCUGUCUUGGCAUAUGAGUUCAUGUGAAGGUCUUCAUUUUUUUCUUUCUGUGAAAUGAUUUGUUGACUUCAAUCAAGGAAUUGUAUGUGUUGCAGAACACAGAUAGGAAAUAUUAAAAACACGUCUGGCUCUGCAUGUGUCUAUUGCAAAUACUUGUGGUAUAAUUUUUUUUAAUCCGACAUUGGAUCUACGCUGAGCCAAGCUUAUUUUUUGUCUGUUGUGUCAUAUCUGCUUCUCCAAGAAUCAGACAGAUGAUACAGAGAAGAACUGAUAGCUAAGCAUAUAAAGACUUAUCAGUCAUUCCAAAGAGGAGUGAUCACCAUGUGCAAUUUCUGACUGGUGUCUUUUUUUAUAUAUUGUAAAUGAAAUCGCUAGAUAUUAUUGACAAAUGUGAUACUGCUUUCAUAAAAUCAUCAUAAACCAUCCAGUUAUUUAGAUUCAUAUUUUCGAUUCAUGUGAAACAGUUUUGUGUUGUUGCUCAG